UUGGUGAGGAAGUAGGAUUUAUGUACACAUAGAAAAGCACUGACGGAGCGGACCUGAAGUGGGCAGCGUUUAGAGACGAGAAACGACACAUAAACUUGACAAUUGUGUAACAUUGUCUGCAGUGUAUUUAACGUAAACGACUUGCGAUUUGACCUGGGGGAGGGAAGAUUUCUUUCAACUCCGAAAGAGGCGAGUGGAGGGCCAGUGAGCAAGAAACGGCAGCCCUCAGAGAACAGCUUCCACCAGCCAUAACACCAGAGGUACCAAGACAGGAGCAUGCCUCCUCUGCUAGCCUGACUCUUCAUUUACCUCCUUCCCUGUCCCACCUUCCUAUUCUCUCUCCACUCAUCCCUCCAUCCCCCUGCGGCUGCGGUCCCGUUUGUGUGGCGGCGCUGGGCCGACCACAGGCAGUGCCAUGCCCCGAGCGUGACCCUGUGCGCCCCUCCCUCUCCCCCUCCCGCCACCAUGAAGCUGAAGCAGCGUGUGGUGGUGAUCUGCGGCGCUCUCUUGCUGUUGGGCCUCGCCAAGGUCUUCCUGCUGGAUGGCGGCGAGGGCUCGGCUGCCAGCCGCCGCGACCUGCGCGCCUUUCGUAAGAUGGAGGCCAGCCUGCCGCUGGCCAAGGGUGCGCGUCUCACCCACACCCUGCAGUCACCCUGGGAGGUGGCCGCCCAGUGGGUGGGGCCACGUGAGGUCUACCCGGAGGAUACCCCCGAGCUGGCUGCCGUGCUCAACGCUCUGGCCAGCGCCCGGGUGGAGAGGGCUGACGUGGGCUACAAGGGCACCCAGCUCAAAGCCCUGCUGGUGCUAGAUGGAGGCCAGAAGGUGGUGUUCAAGCCCAGAAGGUACAGCAGGGACUACGUGGUGGAAGGUGAGCCGUAUGCUGGCUACGACAGGCAUAACGCCGAGAUCGCUGCUUUUCACCUGGACAGGAUUCUGGGGUUCAGGAGAGCGCCUCUAGUGGUGGGUCGGCACAUGAACCUACGCACGGAGAUCAAGCCUGUAGCUACAGACCAGCUCCUAAGCACAUUCCUCAUGCACGGGAACAAAACGUGUUUCUACGGGAAAUGUUACUACUGCAGGGAGAGCGAGCCCGCGUGUGCCGAGGGAGAUGUGAUGGAAGGCUCGGUUACACUCUGGCUCCCUGACGUCUGGCCUCUGCAGAAACACAGACAUCCCUGGGGCCGCACAUACCGAGAGGGCAAACUCGCCAGGUGGGAGUAUGAUGAGAGUUACUGUGAGGCGGUGAAAAAGAUGCCCCCCUACGACGCCGGCCCUCGCUUACUGGAUGUUAUCGAUACGGCCAUUUUUGAUUACCUCAUUGGCAACGCUGAUCGCCAUCACUAUGAGAGUUUCCAAGACGACGGAGGAGCGAGCAUGCUCAUUCUCCUGGACAACGCUAAAAGUUUUGGGAACCCAGCUUUAGAUGAAAGAAGCAUUCUGGCCCCUCUUUAUCAGUGCUGCAUGGUCCGCGUGUCCACCUGGAACAGGCUGAACCUCCUGAAGGGCGGUGCCCUGAGCUCUCUGAUGCAGCACGCCACAGCCCAUGACGCCGCCCACCCUGUGCUGACGGAGCCUCACCUCUCAGCACUCGACCGCCGCCUCGGAGGCGUGCUGGCGACCGUGCGGCAGUGUGUGGAGCUGCAAGGGGCAGAGAGCACUCUCAUUGAGGACCGCAUGAACCUGCCCCACCCCUGAACACGCCUGGACGAUGGGGGGGGGGGGGGGGGAGAGACUGUCAUCUGGGAGAUGGCUGCCGCUGGUCGACCUCGCGGUGUGCUCUCUCGGCCUCUGUUCCUAUACUGACUGUGCUGCAAGGAAUUCUGCCAGACGCGACGGUUGUGUGAGCAGGAAGUUGAGCGUUACUCCCAAGGUCGGCCUCAGACGUGGCUCACAGGCCUUCUUGAGCGCCAGACCGGGUAUAACGAUGGGGGUUUGAUUUUGUUUUGGGUUUUUUUGCCUCUCCUUCAUUGUUCUUCGUCUCCGUGCGUGCGCACGUAUGCCUCUCUGCUCUUCCUGCAGUUUUCUUUGUGCUCUCGCUGCCGUGCCUGGGAGCAGCACCUGGCGGAAGGACGCACAUGGACUCUCUUGUUGUUCCUUUCUGUACAUCAUUUCUUUGGGAGUUUGCAGUCAGGAUACUUGUGCGAAGCUCGGCAAGAGGAUUUUAGCGGCAAGCAGGACUGAGUGACAGUACCAGCCCAGACUCCUGAACGGUAUGCAGGGGCAUUCCACAGCGGAGGGGGUGGGUUUGGUUGGUUGGACCUGGGCUUGCCCCAGUGUGCUCUGUCAUGGGUAACACCAGUGAAAUCAUGUCACGGACAUCAGAGAUGAAAGCUGUGAAACAGACUGGAGGGCAAUUGGUCCACCUGCUCUUCUUGCUACACAGAUUGUACAUGCGCGGCUAACUAUUUAAUAACAAUACUGAUAAACAAUGAAUAAUGUUGAUUAAACUAUUGGGUUAAACUAUUGAGAUGACGCAGGUUUGGCUGUUUUCAGAUGUGCAGUAUGAGAUUGGUACUGAAUAGAACUGGGUGGUGUAGGGGGAGGAUUGCUACUGAUGCUUUGGGAAAAUGGAAACUGUGACGGCUGUGGAAGGCUGUAAUGAGGGGCUUUUCAACAUUAAAACACAAUGGAAAAAGA